AUGCUCAGAUCCUUCACACGAACACCCAGCGCGAGCAACCUCAAAUAUUUCCAUUCUUCAUCCCCCGACUCACACGCGCUCAAACAGCGAUAUCUACGUUCGGACUCACCAGUUUCCCGCAACACCAAGACUAAAGAGAAACUGAAAGAUAGAGAAGAUCAGUCAAUUUAUGACGAAGAGGCCCUCAUUCAACGGCACGUCAAGAGAAAUGAACUCGGCGUGCAGCUUCUUUCUCGUGGGCUACACUCCCAGAUAUUCAAAUCUGUUUCUUUUCCAUCCCCCCCUCCUUCAUAUGUACAAAUCUCCAAGGAACAUCUGCGAAUGCAUGGGUUAGAUCCCUCUCAAGGAUCUGUUCUCCCAGAUAUAAAUUUCCAGCUUCCCCCGCUGCAAGGAUCCAAUAUCUCCGAGCACUUCCAUCGCAUUGGAGUCCAUGCCGCGGAACCAUGGCUUACACUCGCUCGUUCACUUUCAUCGGCCGCAAUACCUCCAAAACCAGAUAACUGGCAUAUUCAGAGUGGCUGGACCAAAUACCACUAUGCUCCAGAUGGCUCAAGCUACAGCGAGCACGUUAAAACCCCUGUUCACAACGGCAGCUCAGAGCAAUUGCUAGUUUUCGAUGUUGAGACAAUGCCCAACCAGCACCCAUAUGCUGUCAUGGCAUGCGCAGCGUCACCCAAUGCAUGGUAUGCUUGGAUAUCACCAUGGUUGUUGGGAGAGUCCAAAGACCCUCAGCACUUCAUCCCCCUUGGAGAUCCUGCCACCCCGAGGGUCGUCGUAGGGCAUAACAUUUCCUAUGACCGUAUCAGAAUCGCCGACGAAUACAACGUCCCCGCGACCUCAAACCGCUUCCUAGACACGAUGUCCCUUCACAUCGCGGUUAAUGGCAUAUCCUCCCAUCAACGACCUUCCUGGAUGAAGUAUCGCAAAUCAAAACAGGAGGAGGAGGAACAGAAAGAGGAAGCGGUGGAAGCGGUGGAGGCACUUAUACGUUCUGUCACUGAACGCCAGAAACAAGAAGCCGACACGUCGAGGAAAGAGGAGUUUAAGAAACUCCUUAAGCAAAUGGAAGCCAGCCUUCUUAUGCUCCAAGCCCCUGCAGACGAAGAUGGCGACAUAUCUGCCGACGAAAUUGCGUCGAAGCGGUGGGAAGAUAUUACCUCUGCCAAUUCCCUUGCAGACGUUGCCAAACUGCACUGCGGGAUUAGGAUGGACAAGGAAAUAAGGAACGACUUAAUGGAAUCGGAACCACAACAUAUCCGCGACAAUAUAACUGAUUAUCUCGAUUACUGCGCUAACGAUGUCGAUAUUACACACCGUGUUUACUCUAAGACUCUCCCAGCCUUUCUCCGUGCUUGUCCGCAUCCCGUCUCUUUUUCAGGGAUUCUGACUAUGGGCUCUUCCUUUCUAACCGUUGACGAAAAUUGGACGAAAUAUUUGGAGAAUGCUGACGCGAUCUACCAUGAAAUGGAAGAAAAGGUUCAGAGCAAGCUGAAGAAGCUGGCAGAGGAGGCACGCGACCUCAUGAAUGACGAACAGAAGUGGAUGGCAGACCCUUGGCUAGGCCAACUCGACUGGGAACCUAAGGUGGCCGGCAAGUCUAGAGGCGUGCUACCUGCUGGAGAAGUUACGACGGAUCGCCCACAGCUUGAAGACAGCCUCCCAGCUUGGCACGAGCAACUUGUGACAAAGCCGCUAGCGAAGUCGACAGUGGACCUAUUAGUUCCGUUACUACUCAAGAUUUCGUACGACAACCAACCCGUCUAUUUCGACGAGAAAGAAGGUUGGCAUCAGCAGAUCGACGGACGGAAGACCCCACUUCCUUUGGCCAAAGGCAGGAAAAUGAAGACCAUCCUUUCGAAAUCCACCUGGAAGCAUUUCACAAGCGGGAGUCUGACAACUAGUGAUCUGGAACUUACCAAAGCCCUCUGCGGAGGCGCAGACAAUGAGGAAGUAUCCAAUCGUAUUGUCUCUUAUGCCAACAUCCUUCUCCAAGAGUCGAGAACGAGCCAGGAUAAGGACCCCUGGAUUUCCCAGCUUGAAUUCCUAGCGAAGCCGAAGCGGGUCAAAAAGCCAAAACCUCUCAAACCCCCUCCCGUCUUGUGGCCCAAGUGGUACUGGGAGGCGACGAAACCGAAGAAGGGGAUGCCGCCGGGUACGCUUGAAGUAACAGUACGGACACGUAUUGCUCCCAUCCUCCUUCGUCUCUCAUGGCUAGGGUAUCCUCUUGUCCACUCCCGUGAACAUGGGUGGACCUUCCGUGUACCCACCAAUGCGAAUUUCAAGACUCGACUGUCGCCUCUUAAGUUUUACGAUCCAGCCGAUGACAAAUUAUCUGAAGCAGUCCUCAGCGGUACCUAUGUCUUUUAUAAGGUCCCUCACAAGGAUGGCGAAAAGGCCAACGUUGCCAACCCAUUAGGCAAGUCCUUUAUCAAAUACGCCCAGGACGGUACCUUGAAGAGCCCGGGCAAUGAAGCCAAGGAGGCUUUGGACCUCAACUCCCUGUGUAGUUACUGGAUUAGCGCCCGGGACAGAAUCACCAAUCAACUCGUCGUCUGGCAGGACUCUCAACGUUCCUUAGGACUCCCAUCUCCAACAGACAGUUCUAAGAAGUACGGAAUCAUCCUCCCUCAGGUCAUCACAAUGGGGACUGUCACUCGAAGAGCCAUUGAGAAGACCUGGUUGACUGCCAGCAACGCAAAAAAGAAUCGCGUUGGAUCCGAACUUAAGGCUAUGGUGCGGGCCCCGGAGGGAUAUGCCAUCGUCGGGGCCGAUGUGGAUAGCGAAGAGCUCUGGAUCUCAAGCUGCAUGGGUGAUGCACAAUUUGGCCUCCAUGGCGCCUCUGCCAUUGGUUGGAUGACCUUAGAAGGGACGAAGGCAGCAGGUACCGAUCUCCACUCCAAGACUGCUAGCAUCUUGGGGAUAUCUCGUGAUCAAGCGAAAGUUUUUAACUAUUCGCGCAUCUAUGGCGCUGGAAUGCGCCAUGCGAUUCUCCUUCUUCUGCAAUCCAAUCCUUCCAUGCUGCCUGAUGAGGCACAGAAGCUUGCGGAGAAUUUAUAUGCUUCAACAAAGGGGAAGAACACCCAUCGUUCCGACAUCUUCGAACGUAAAUUCUGGUUUGGAGGCACAGAAAGUUACUUGUUCAAUAAAUUGGAAGAAAUUGCGAUCUCUGACAAGCCUCAAACUCCGGCUCUCGGUUGCGGUGUCACUUAUGCUCUUUCCAAGGAGUAUCUACCUGAAGGUUUCGGUUCUGACUUCAUGCCAUCUCGCAUUAACUGGGUCGUGCAAUCUUCUGGCGUUGAUUACCUCCAUCUCCUGAUUGUCGCGAUGAACCAUCUCGUCCGCAAAUACGACAUUAACGCACGGUACUUGAUCUCCGUUCAUGACGAACUUCGCUACCUUGUCGCCGAAGAAGACAAAUAUCGGGUUGCUCUGGCGCUUCAGAUCGCAAACCUCUGGACACGCAGCAUGUUCGCAUACAACUUGGGGAUGGAUGAUCUUCCGCAAGGCGUGGCGUUCUUCUCGGCCGUGGACGUCGACGCUGUCCUUCGUAAAGAAGUAGACAUGCCAUGUGUUACACCGUCUCAACCCAUUCCAAUACCACCCGGCGAGAGUUUGGAUAUUAUGAAGGUUCUCCAGAGGACAAAUGGUGGCUCUCUUCAAAGAGACGGCCUUCCGAUGGCCCGCCAGGGAGAGGAGGAACUCGAAGGCAAUCUUGUUGGAUAUACCCAGCCUGACUGCCUCUCUCAUCGAGCCAACAACGCCGCCUGGCUUCAAGCUCAAGCAACAACUGAUUUUGGAGAGGUCAAGGGUCUCGCUCAGCAAGUCUACGGGAAGCAAUUCACUGGCAAUGCUACAAAACCAAAAGUUCGUCGAAAGAAAGCUCCAAUAGGGACUGGAGAGGGGUUUGACUGGUCGGAACAUGCGGAACGAAUCCUAAUGUCAUGA